AAAAGCCAGCGUCGCUCUCCUCUUUUGGGCUUUGCCGCUAGGAAACUACUUACCUAUAUUCAACCGAAUCCCACUGCACUGGAGCUAAAGUAACCCCCCUUCCUAACUCCUUUCCCGACGUGCCACGAUAUAGUUACUCAGAAUGGCAGCCGCCGCAGUCCUCCCAGCCCCCGUUGAUCCCGAACGGAGCUGGGUUCCUAUCAUCACGGAGCCUAAAGCAUCAAGUCUAGGAAGCGAUGAGUUUACUCCUUCCAAACACCUCGCUUUCAAGGAAGUACCCAAGGUGUACACUAUGAGCGAUAUAGGCAUGCCAGAGGGCACCGGUAUCUCCCCCGUUGCCGUCUCAGAGCCCUUCCCCUUGUUCACGGAAGAGGCUGUUAUGAGGAUGAGGCAGGAGGUCUUGAGUCCCGAGGUGCUCAAAAACUGCCAGUACUCGAGCAAUCUUGCCCAGUGUCAACUGCGAGGCUUCGCGAACAAGUAUGCGCCCUUCGUGUAUGAUGUGUGGAAAAGCCCGGAAACGCUGGCCAUCAUUUCCAAGGUCGCGGGCAUCGACCUGGUGACGGAGAUGGACUUUGAGAUUGGCCACAUCAACAUCUCGGUCAAGUCAGAAAAGGAGAAGGAGGAGGAGCUCCGGGCGUUCACCGACCGGGCCCAGUUCGAAGCCGACGAGGGCAUCGGGGGCUGUCCGUGGGAAGAUGACAAGCCCAUCGUGGACUGGCACACGGACAGCUACCCCUUCGUCUGCGUGACCAUGCUGAGCGAUUGCACGACGAUGAUCGGCGGGGAGACCGCCCUCCGUACUGGCUCGGGCGAGAUCAUGAAAGUGAGGGGUCCGCAAAUGGGCUGCGCGGUCGUGCUGCAGGGCCGGUACAUCGAGCACCAGGCGCUGCGGGCGCUCGGGACGGCGGAGCGCAUCAGUAUGGUGACGUCGUUCCGGCCGCGCAGCCCGCGGGUGCGCGACGACACGGUGCUCACGACGGUGCGGGCGAUAUCGAACCUGCCGGAGCUGUACAACCAAUUCAGCGAGUACCGGCUCGAGAUCCUCGAGGAGCGCGUCCGCCAGCAGCUCAAGGCGAUGCGCGAGGCCAAUGCCGCCGGCCGCCGCGUCAGCACCCGCCAGCUCAAGGCCUUCUUCGAGGAGCAGGAGAAGUUCCUCGCCCACAUGAACCGCGAGAUCGUCGACGACGAGAAGGUCGUCCGCGGCAACAUCGACGACAGCCACCUCCUCACUAACCGGCGUUGAGGCGCCGGCAUCCUUCCCCGAACUCUCGAGGGAUCGAGUCCCAAGAAAAACUGCCCGCGACGACCCCGAAGGAGUCGUCGCCGUGGCGCAUGGCGGAUCAUGCGGUUGGAACCCGGCUUCUGGAUAGAGGCCACUCUUGGCCUUACUUGACGAUGACAAUGGACCAAGAGGUACCUAUUGGUAUGCGUCUGGGCACAUAGCGUACGGCGCAUAGUUGUGUGGAAAGGCUCUCCCGCUGCCUUGUACUUCAGCCAGCUUUCACUUCGGCGUCGUUGGUAUGCUAGCUAGAUAUAUGCCUCGUACAACGUCCCAGGUACAAUGCUAAAAAGUCUCGUACGUGGUUGGUGCUGGAAGAAAUAUAAAACCAAUACGCUCAAUACAGUACGGCCAAUGCAUCGGUAAAUCUCGCUACCGUGGUCGAUGAUCUUGCCACA